AUGAAGAUCAUCAUCGCAAACUCGGCGUUCCCUCUGCUGAUAAUAGCGGCAUUACUAAUAGCGACCAACCCCACUGCAGUCGUCGUUAAUAAUGGUCUGAACUGCAAAGACGGCGGUGGAUCGACGAAGCCGCCUCCCCCGGACACGGGCAACUCUUUGGCUGCAUUCCGAGCAGCAGGCCACGUGCCACCAAAUCCCGAUCGUUAA